CUCCUAUAUCAGUACUCUCUGUCCCUCCAAGACUCGCCUCCUCUACUUUCCCUCACCGGAGUUAAUCAGAAUAUUGACUCAUAACACCCACAAUGGCCACAGAUCGUUUGAAUUCCAUUCUCAGUCACCUCAAGGGGGGAAGCAAUGGUCUCUCCGCCAUCACCCAGAAGAACCCAGACGAUGUCGUUAUCACACUCGCACUGCGCACGCCGUUGACUAAAGCCGUCAAGGGUGGAUUCAAGGACACAGAACUGGACUACCUGAUCUACGCUUUGUUGAAGGAGUUGGUGGAGAAGUCCAAGGUCGACCCUGCUCUGAUUGAGGACGUCUGCCUGGGUAAUGUGAACGAUGGCAAGGCCCCCUAUAUCCUCCGUGCCGCCUCCCUUGCGGCCGGAAUCCCUAACACAUCUGGUGCCUCUUCCGUCAACCGGUUCUGCUCCUCCGGCCUCAAGGCCGUUCAGGACAUUGCCAACCAGAUCACAUUGGGUCAAAUCGACAUCGGUGUCGCCGUCGGUGCUGAACUGAUGUCCGCGGGUGGUGACGCAGUGAAGCCUUUCCACGAAGAGAUCCUCAAGAACCAGGAGUCGGCCGAUUGCCUGCAGCCCAUGGGUCAGACAUCCGAGAACGUCGGAUCGGACUUCAACAUCAGCCGUGAGACCCAGGACAAGUAUGCCGCCGAGUCGUACCGCCGCGCGGAAGCGGCCCAGAAGGCGGGCUGGUUUGAUGACGAGAUCGUUCCCAUCACCACCAAGGUGAAGGAUCCUAAGACGGGCGAGGUCAAGCAGGUUACUUUGACCAAGGAUGAGGGUGUCCGGUAUGGCACGACGGCUGAGUCCCUGGGCAAGAUCCGGCCUGCUUUCCCUAAGUUUGGAAACCGGAGCACGGGUGGUAACUCCAGCCAGGUCACGGACGGCGCUGCUGCUAUCCUCCUCAUGCGCCGCUCCAAGGCCAUUGAGCUCAACCAGCCUAUCCUGGCCAAAUUCUGCGGCGCCACCGUGGCGGGUGUUCCUCCCCGCAUCAUGGGUAUCGGCCCUACCGCUGCUAUCCCCAAGCUGCUCUCCAAGUACAACUUGAGCAAGGAUGACAUCGACAUCUACGAGAUCAACGAGGCCUUCGCCUCCAUGGCUGUUUACUGUCUGCAAAACCUCGGUUUGGACCAUGCCAAGGUUAACCCCCGGGGUGGUGCCAUUGCACUCGGCCACCCCCUGGGCGCCACCGGUGCUCGACAGAUCUGCACCGUUCUGAGCGAGGCGAGACGCACCAAGAAGAAGGUACUGGUGACGAGUAUGUGCAUUGGUACCGGACAGGGCAUGGCGGGCCUGUUCGUCAACGAGCAGGUAUAGAUUGUUUAUAUAAGACCUUCCUGGCCAUCCUGUACCUGGCGCAAGCUAUACAUAUCAAAAACCAUGUAGGAAAUAGCUCUAAUGC